AUGACUUUAAUUUCUUCCAUCACAAAACUUGGUUCUUCCGUUCAAUCCAAUCAAUCUUUCAAGAAUGAAUUGAUGAUGGCAGGAAUCAAUGGUAACAGUUCAAUUGGACAAACUUCAAACUCAACUGAAUCACUUAUCAAUUUGAACAUUCUAGCUAAUGUUCUAGCAUCAAUCACUAAACUCGGAUCAGUUCAAAACAACUCAAUGAUCAAGAGUCAAAUCGGAGGUGUUUCAGGUGUCAAUUCAACUCAAUCACUGAACAGUGUUGCUUGUAAUCCUGGAAAUGAUGUUGACGUGCAUGUUCUCCUCUGUGCUAAUAUCCUUGGUAUCAAUAUCUAUGCCAAUGUUAAUGUUGACUUGUAA